GGUGAAAAACGAUCAGCGGAAAACGGAUGUUCAACGGAUGAAUUCAGAUGCGAUUCAGGCGAAUGCAUUCCAAAUGAGAAGAAAUGCGAUCGUCACUACGACUGCCCCGAUGGCACCGAUGAGACAAGAUGCGAGUAUUUCCUGCAAGCAACACGUUAUCAUGCGUCUGAAACGUCGAAUUCAGUGAGUGCUCCUGAACAGCGCAGUGACCAACACAACAACGAUCAUGCAUAUCAAUAUCAAGCAGCCAUCUCAGAGAUUUCUGGUGCAGAUGAAGCACGUCGAAAUAACUACCAGGAAUACAACCAAAAGGAAGAGCAAGCAGUGCAAGCCGUGUCACCAGAUAUGGAAUGCAACGGCUCGGAAUUUAGAUGUCCAUAUUUAACGCAUACGGUAUGUGUGCAUUACGAUAAGCUCUGUGAUGGUGUUGAUGAUUGUGGAGAUGGUAGCGAUGAGUUGAAAUGCGAGAGUCAAAGUCGAGAGGAAGGUGCUUGCGGAUCGAACGAAUACCGAUGCGAUAACGGACAGUGCAUACCCAGCGAAUUCAAAUGCAAUCAUCGAUAUGACUGUCAAGAUGGCAGUGAUGAAACUGUUUGUGGUGAGUGA